AUGACUGACAGAUACGCUUUUUCCUUAACUACAUUUUCACCCAGCGGUAAAUUAGGUCAAAUUGAUUAUGCUUUAGCUGCUGUGAAGCAAGGUGUUACAUCAUUGGGGAUCAAGGCUACAAAUGGUGUAGUAAUUGCCACAGAAAAGAAAUCUUCAUCGCCUUUGGCUUUGACCGAAACUUUAUCUAAAAUAGAAUUAAUUACACCAGAUAUAGGUGCUGUAUAUUCAGGAAUGGGACCAGAUUAUAGGGUCCUUGUAGAUAAAUCAAGAAAAGUGGCUCAUACACAAUACAAAAGAAUCUAUAACGAAUAUCCACCCACGAAAAUCUUAGUGUCUAAGAUUGCAGCCAUCAUGCAAGAAGCUACACAAUCAGGUGGUGUUCGUCCAUUUGGUGUCUCUUUGUUGGUAGCUGGUUAUGAUGAUCAUAAAGGGUUUAGUUUGUAUCAAGUAGAUCCAUCUGGUUCAUAUUUCCCUUGGAAAGCUACUGCUAUAGGUAAAGGAUCUACUGCUGCAAAGACCUUCUUAGAGAAAAGAUGGAAUAAUGAAUUAGAAUUAGAAGAUGCCAUCCAUAUUGCUCUUUUGACAUUAAAGGAAUCCGUAGAAGGUGAAUUUAAUGGAGAUACUAUAGAGAUUGCUGUUAUUGGUGAACCAAAUGAAGAUUUGUUAGGGUAUACUGGUGUUCCACAAAAUAAAGGUCCAAGAUUUAGAAAAUUAACUCCUCAAGAGAUCAAUGAUAGAUUGCAAGCUUUAUGA